GUUGUUUUUACAUAGUAAAGGGUUAACCACUAUUAUGACAUGUUUUCCGAACCAACAUUACGAACAUAAUCCAGACCGGAGUCCACGGAACUGGAAGUUACCUAUAUGAUAUUGAUAAUUUAGAAACAAGUAGGAGAUACAAGAUACCGGUGUAACUUUCAAGAAAUAGCUGACAAGUUGGCUCUUUCAAGCUGAUAUACCUAAGAGCCGAUUAUAUUUUAUUAAAACUUUAUAAACAAAAAACUUUUAUUAAUAUUUUCGCAAAAUGGCUGCACCAAUCAAAGUUGUUGUAACAGGGGCUGCUGGUCAAAUCGCGUACUCUCUUCUAUACCAAGUUGCUUCUGGAGCGGUUUUUGGCCCAGAACAACCUGUAUUCCUGCACCUUCUUGAUAUUGCUCCCAUGAUGGGAGUGCUGGAAGGUGUUGUUAUGGAACUUGCUGACUGCGCUCUACCUUUAUUAGCUGGUGUUUUACCCACUGCCAAUCCUGAAGAAGCAUUUAAGGAUGUAGCUGCUGCUUUUCUAGUUGGUGCUAUGCCAAGAAGGGAAGGAAUGGAAAGAAAAGACCUUCUUUCUGCUAAUGUACGCAUUUUCAAAGAACAAGGUCAAGCUUUGGAUAAAGUUGCUCGCAAGGAUGUCAAAGUUCUUGUUGUUGGCAACCCUGCUAAUACGAAUGCUUUGAUCUGUUCUAAAUAUGCCCCAUCUAUUCCAAAAGAGAAUUUCACUGCUAUGACUCGUCUUGAUCAGAAUCGUGCCCAGUCUCAAUUAGCAGCUAAGCUUGGUGUACCAGUACAGGAUGUUAAGAAUGUUAUUAUCUGGGGUAACCAUUCAUCCACUCAAUUCCCUGAUGCCUCAAAUGCGAAAGUCAUAAUUGGUGGUGUUGAAAAAUCUGUGCCGGAAGCUAUAAACAAUGAUGCUUUCUUAAAAACUGAUUUUGUAUCCACUGUACAAAAGCGCGGUGCGGCUGUUAUAGCAGCUAGAAAGAUGUCAUCAGCUUUGUCAGCGGCGAAGGCAGCUUCUGAUCACAUGAGAGAUUGGUUCUUGGGAACUGGCGAUCGUUGGGUCAGUAUGGGAGUUGUGUCUGAUGGUUCUUACGGUGUUCCCAAAGACGUUGUUUAUUCCUUCCCCGUCACUGUCUCUAAUGGAAAAUGGAAAAUUGUUGAGGGUCUUACAAUCUCUGAUUUUGCACGGGAAAAAUUAGAUAUCACUGGAAAGGAACUAGUUGAAGAGAAACAGGAUGCUUUGGAUGUCUGCAAAGAUUAAAUAUAAUAUAAAAUAAGAGCAAAUAUGUAUUUGUAGCUUUAUAUAGAUACACUUACUUUUUGAUGAUAUUAUUGGCAAUAAAUUUGUUACUGUUAUUCAAAAUUUUUUUAAUUCAUCUUAUUAUCUCACCUCAAUACUUUUUAUCCCACAUCAUAUAUUUUGUAACACUACUUGCUUUGCAUUUUUCUAGCACUGGAAUCAUUGUGAAAGCAAAUUAUUAUCUAAAUAAAUAUUAUUUCAAAUAAAAUCUA